ACGAGGUGUCACGUGACCCACGCUAACCGCCAUCUUUCCUUAUCGUAUAAACAGUGCGACCGGGCGCAGCGCGAAUUCUUGUCGUGGAAUCGUGGAUUUCCCAGUGUUUUUGAGUGAUUCGCACGCGGAGAGAUGUCCGACGCCAAGACGGAGACCAAGAGCGACAACAACGUCGAGGAUGCGUCCAAGGAACAGUCGACGGAGGAAAAACCGACUCCGACGAAAAACAAACGAAGCGGCACUAAGAGGCUCUCCACUCUCGAGAGGACCGCUCAGGAAGGCGAGGCAAUUAUAAAGGGCUUGAACAAAUCCGUCGGUGAGGUAGAAGGCAGGAGACGCACUCGCAGUUCAGCCAGAGGCCUAACUUCGACGACGCCAGUACCAUCGCCACCUAAGAAGGAAAAGAGAGAAACAUCGACGCGGGGUGGCGGUGGUCGCGGACGUGGACGCCCUAAGAGGCAGGAAAAGAACAAUGAGAACAACACGGACGAGGAAACGUCCAAUAACAAAAGCGAAAAGCACACGGAAGACGAAUCUACAAAGAUGGAAGUAGACGAGGAAAAGGAGGAGAAAGAGGUGAAAGAGAGCAAGGUGAUACAGAACGAGGACAAAAACGUCGAGGAUAUUGACAGUAAAGACAGUAAAGAUGCUGAGAAAGUAACCGAUGCCAAUUCCAAGGACGAGAAAGUGACAGAGGAGUCGGAGAACGUGAUGGAUGAAGCUAAGAGCACCGCUCCCAGUGAAGAAAAGAAGCAGGAGGAAGUAAAGGACAGCUCGGAUUCGAGUCAAGAUGCGACGGACACAGCAGCGGAAGCGCCGCCCUUUUCAUCAUCAGAGUCCCAAAAUCCCUCCAACACUGUUACUACCGAGGAAAACAAGGAAUAACCUCCCUUCGCCUGUUUUACCACUACUUUUAUGAGGUACCAAGGCGGCGCACAUAUUGGGGUCACACAAAUCCAGUCCCCCUCGUCUAUUUUAACUAAUUAACACCUUCUUGUCGAUCGUUGCUUCAACCAGCGCAUUAAAGUUUCUACUUUUAUUUUGUCAUCCUCAUAGACAACGCAGCUUUCCAAUAAAUAUAACAAAAUGUAGAGUCUGCUACGCUAAUACGAAUUAGCGUUAAAACAUUGACUCAUUUUCUUUCUUUCUUCUACGUUAUAUACUAUAUUUUCGUAGAAUAUUUUCAGAACGAUUAUAAUCUGGAAUAUUAUAAUAUUCUAAGAAGAUUAUGUAAUAAUCUAAGAAGAUUAUAAUCAUCAAGAUUUAAUAAUCUUGACUAUCGAUCGUUAAUUCUAAUCGUCGAUUUGAUCUUAAAAUUUCAACUAUUUAGACAGUUUUUAAAUAUCUUUUGAAUCUUAGUGCUAUUCUCUUCUGCAUUCACUACUAUUACUAUUAUCAUUAUCUUCGAGUAUCAAACUCUUGUAAGGCUCUGAUAGCCAGAUUGACUUUUGUUCAGUCCGAUUACAUAUAACUGUUCUUUUACUUAUGUUCUAUGUAGAAUAUUAUAUUUAUAUAUUUUAAAUUUUAUUGUUUUUUUGUGUCGAAUAAUAUAAAAAUCUUGUCAUUGCGCUGGUUAAUUAGCGAUAAGCAACGUGAGGUGUAGAGCAUACGUUGUUCAUGUACAAUGAUAAUAUUAUUGUAAAAUAUAUUUAAUAUGGACUUAUAUAGAUAAAAAGUUGUUUUCAAAUCAGAGCUGAUAUCCAGGUUCUAUAGUAUAAAUACCUACGAUUCAGAUCUGAUGUGGAAGUAGCUAAAGAUUAAUUCGUACAUAGCAAAUUACUGUAAUACCUUUAUCGUAUAUAAAUAGUGACUGAAUGAAGUGGAAUAUAUGAGAACUAUGGUGAAAUGAUUUCUCUUUUUCAUGGAUUAAGCGGAAAUAAAAUUUCUGAGAGACGCGUUGCAGCGUUAUCUAUGUUUUCCUCCCUUGCAUAAUCUACUAAUUUUUUAUUGAUCUUCUCUAAUCUUUACUUUCGCCAGUAAAUGGACUAACGUUUCAGCAGAUUGUACUUUCUAGAGCGAUUUCAAAGGAAUUGUUUAUUAUCAAGUUUUAUAUGUAUAUGUUGAUUAUCAAGUAAAAAUUUCUCACUGCUGUCUCAUUUGUUCGAAGUCGAUUUUUUCUUGCGAGAUCUUUUAACUUAUCCCUGUUUUUAUUAGUCCAAUAUUAAAUAUGUUAAUAUUAUUGUGUAUUUGAACUGUGUUGCGAAUGUACAGAUUAGAUUAUACAAUUGAUGCACUUAUAUCUAGAGAAAACCGCACACACUUGAGACACCAAUAAUACACGAGUCUAAAUAUUACGUCAUACUAUAUAAAUGUGUGCAAUGAAGAAAGGGAUUCUCGUAGAAAUACGAGAUCUUGCAAUGAAAAAUUAAUAGUAUGUACUACGCGAUGAAACUCGAAGAAUUUUCAAGCCUUUAAUACCAAAUAGGUUUGUUCUUAUACAUAAAGUAUAUAACAGCACGAGAAUAUAAAUAUUUCCUUGUAAGUUGCACUUCCGAAGGAUAUUUAUCGAAACUAACGUAACAUUACGAAGGAACAUAGGUCUUAUCAUUCCAUUUUUCUUUCUUCUUUGUUGUAUCAAUGACACGACAAGAUUCACAAGUAUAUGUUCAUCUGAGAUUUUCGAUUGUAAAUAGUGAAGAUCAAGUGUAAUAUACGUGUAAAUAAUUUAACAUUAAGCUUCGUGUAUCACACUGGACCUUUUCUCGAUUACCUUGUAAAAUCUCAGUUGUUAGAGUGCCUCUAGCGUUAGCACGUUGUAUGAUAAACGAGCAUAGAAUUCCGCCGAUUAAAAUCAAAACCAAGCUCUGUAAUAGCGCGUUUACGUAAACUUUACCGCUUUUAAGAUGUAUCGUAGAGAUAAUUUUCUUUUUCGUAUGUAUAUCUUACAUGGGGGAGAUUAUUGUACGGUUCGAUAUUAGAAUUUCUAUGAAAUAUAUAUGCAUAUGUAAGAGUGUUUAGUUUCGUUGACGAUUAAUUGCUAAAUCAUGUUUGUCAAUACCAUUUUUUUUUAUAUUUACGAUGUGUGCAAGUUUAUAAUCUAUAUGUAGAUUUUAUCUAUUCUACUAUACGCGAAUUCCAGUAAACAAAUCAACCAUUGUGAAAAUCGCUUCGAUUAAGAAAACCUAUAUAAACUGUGUGCUUCCUUUUGUACGAAUCGCAUAGUAAACGUUUUGAAGAUUGCAUUAAGCUCUCCUGAAAUGUCUUUUAGAAAUUUUAGAUAAUACGCAGAUUCGUGUCUAUGUAUGUCGAGGUCACAUCGAUUUAUUCAGUUACAAUCGUGGAGACACGCGAAUCCUCUAAUAUAGUCAUUAUGAUUUAUUAAAAUUCAAUUAUGUCAUUGAUCAUGGAUUAAGACUUCAAAAAAUUUAUUUUACUUAAAAUACAAAGCCAAAAAGGCUAAUAUUACAGUUUAAGCAAA